AUGAAUGCUAACUUUAGAAAUCCUAAACUCAAUUCCUGCAUCGCGCACCAAAACCCCAAACCCAAAGAACUCGCCGCCCGCAACCAAACCUUACUUGUCCUUGACGGAGGUCCCGUCAUUACUGUAGUAGGCCGAGAAGCCAACCCCCCGGAAGAUGACCCGAGGUUCUUCUUUACAAAGAAUGAUGGGUUUGAUCGCUUGUUUAUCGCCGCCUGCAAGACAAGCAUAGAUGAUCCUAGCAACCGCCCGAUAGCCGUCCACCUUGCUGGCGCCCCCGUAGGCAUGAAGGAUCUCGACAUGGGAUAUCUGCCAAAGGAAUGGCACUACUUUGCAGAAGCACAUCCAGACAUCGUUCCCAUCUCACACCGAUCUGUCCACGAGAUGACAGUUACUGGCAACGCCGCAGAUGAGAAUUAUUUCAAUAUUGCUCUGCCAGACAACACCCGGCAGCAUUCCUACAGGCGCGACGGUAGCAAGUUAUCUACAACUCAUCAGAGUUCCGUGUGGGAGUCGCUACUACUUUUCUCGACAGCGCCCGGACAUUAA